CUCGAUCUCCCACUGCGCGCAUGUCACUCCCGCCUAUUCACCAUAGCGAGGGUGCCCUCUCGCUCUCUCUCUCCUGCUCCCGUUUCGCUCUCUCUCUCCUGCUCCCGUUUCCCGGUGAAUGAUAACCUAUCAACCGAGCGUUUUGCCUGUUCCGUACAGAGCAAGAGACCACGCAUGAAAAGAGAGGAGCAUCUUCAAAUCGCACUACUGGGCUACAGAAACGACAGCCAGAGCACAUUGGAACUAGGGGGUAGAUUACCAACGGCAACACAUUUUUUAAGUUUCACCUGUGGCGGGAGCACAUUGAAAGCACAACCUGAGGACUGUUUAUUCAACUUGAACGGAUUUAGCGAACAUAACUGCCCGGCGGAUGAUAAGCGUUCGGGACCGGGGUUGUCGUUUUCGUGGGGAGGCAGGUUAACAUUACCAGAGCGAGAUGAAGUCGGCAGGAGUGGUGGAAGGAGGACUGUUCACAGAGAGUUACUGCAACAUCUGUAACGCCCAGCUCAUCUCCGAGUCGCAACGCACAGCACACUAUGAGAGUAAGAAACAUGCCAACAAGGUCCGUCUCUUUUACAUGUUACACCCAGAAGACGGAGGCCCACCGUCCAAGAGACUGAGAACAGACAACCCGGGCAGUGCAGAGACAGAGGUGGACAGGAAUAAGUGCUGUACUUUGUGUAAUAUGUUCUUCACGUCGGCCAUCGUGGCCCAGUCUCACUACCAGGGAAAGACACACGCUAAGAGAGUACGACUGGUACUGGGAGAAACACCCAGUAUACCUACUGCUACCAACAGCCCUACCACCACAGACUCAUCCCCUUCUACCCCCCAGCCCAGUGACGCCACCCCUCCCCAUGCCCCACCUGCUCUACCAUGGCCCUCCUCUCUAGCACCCCCGGUGGCGGUGGUGGGUAGUGGUGGUGGGAGUGGUGAGACAGGGAAGUACUGCUGUCUGUGUGGAGCCUGGUUCAACAAUCCUCUGAUGGCCCAGCAACACUACGAGGGGAAAAAACAUCGCAGGAAUGCAGCCAGAGUGCGACUACUGGAGCAGCUAGCUGGCAGUCUGGAUGCUACUGAAACUACAGGUCUCCGCAGCAGUUACUCCUGCAGUGUAUGUAGUGUGGUGUUGAACUCCAUUGAACAGUACCAUGCCCACCUCCAGGGCUCCAAGCACCAGAACAACUUGAAGCAGGUCCAGCAGUAAAGCACUGGGACCAGAGACCUGUGGACAUUUGGAGAAUGGGAAAAUGCUAAUACUAAACAUGGGAGUAAGGAGCUUGGUAAAAUGAAGACUCACCUUGGGAAUAUUGGUUCUUGGAAUUUUGGAAGACUGAGAGACUCCUACAGAGGCCUCAGGAGUGUGUGUGUGUGUGUGUGUGUGUUGUGUGUGUGCAUGCGUAUGUGUGUGUGUGCGAGCUUAGGAACCAUUUUAAUCUUACGAUGUCUUGAAGGUUACUGAGGACCUAAGUGUUUGAUAUGUGUACUUUAAAUCAACAGCAGUCAGAAUAACAUUGGGUAUUGCUGGUGAUCGCCAUACUGCUUGACUGUGUCCCAAAUGAAACACUAUUCCAUUUAUAGUGCACUACAUCUGACUAGGGCCCAUAGGGCGCUGGUCAAAGGUAUUGCACUAUAUAGACUCCUUUUGUGAACCACAAUCUUACAAUCUAACUAACUGAUGUCAGUGUUACCCAGAGCAGUGAUAACCAUUACACUGAUAGUCAUAGAGUAGAAGAAACAAUAUCAUAAUCACCACUAUAUCAGCCCAGAGGGUCAAGGCUGCAAUACAUACUUUACAUUUUUUAUAAUUAUAUUCAUACAAAAUAUUUUCCGAAGCACUGUAGGUUAUCUGUGCAUCAAAUUGAGUUCUCAGUGUGUAGCUCAUAAACAUACAGUACCAGUCAACGUUUGGACACACCUACUCAUUCCAGGGUUUUUCUUUAUUUUUACUAUUUUCUACAUUGUAUAAUAAUAGGGAAGACAUCAAAACUAUGAAAUAACACAUAUGGAAUCAUGUAGUAACCAAUAAAGUGUUAAACAAAUGAAAAUACAUUUUAUAUUUUAGAUUCUUCAAAGUAGCCAACCUUUGCCUUGAUUACAGCUUUGCACACUCUUGGCAUUCUCUCAACCAGCUUCACCUGGAAUGCUUCUUCAACAGUCUUGAAGGAGUUCUCACAUAUGCUGAGCACUUGUGGGCUGCUUUUCCUUCACUCUGCAGUCCAACUCAUCCCAAACCAUCUCAAUUGGGUUGAGGGCGGGAAAUUGGUCAAAUAGCCCUUACACAGCCUGGAGGUGUGUUUUGGGUCAUUGUCCUGUUGAAAAAGAAAUUAUAUUCUUAUUAAGCGCAAAUUAUAUUCUCAUUAAGCGUUCACCUACUCUGCGUCUCACAAAGACACGGCGGUUGGAAUCAAAAAUCUCCAAUUUAGACUCAUCUGACCAAAGGACAGAUGUCCACCAGUCUAAUGUCCAUUGCUUGUGUUUCUUGGCACAAGAAAGUCCCUUCUUUGUAUUGUUGUCCUUUAGUCAUGGUUUCUUUGCAGCAAUUCAAACAUGGAGGCCUGAUUCACGUGGUCUCCUCUGAACAGUUGAUGUUGAGAUGUGUUGUCAAGUUCCUGACCUGUUUUCCUUUUUUCUUGUAUUUAUUUAGUUGGUCAGGGCGUGAGUUGGGUGGGUUGGUCUAUGUGUGUUUUUCUAUGUUGGGGUUUUUGUGUUCGGCCUGGUAUGAUUCUCAGUCAGAGGCAGCUGUAGAUUGUUUGUCCCUGAUUGAGAAUCAUACUAAGGCAGCUGGGGUUUCACGUGUGUUUUGUGGGUGGUUGUAUCGCGUGUCUGCAUUCGUGCCACACGGGACUGUUUGUCGGUUGUUUUACGUUAUUUUUGUUUCGUGUUCAGUUUCGAUUCAUUAAAUAAUCGUGGACACAAAUCACUCCGCGUAUUGGUCUGAUCCUUCUCGCCUCUCCUCCUCGUCCGAGGAGGAGGAUUACAACGAUCGUUACAUGUGUCUGUUACUUUAACUCUGUGAAACAUAUAUUUAGGCAUUUAUUGAAGCUGGUAACUCUAAUGAACUUAUCCUCUGCAGCAGAAGUACAUUAACUCUAGGUCUUCCUUUCCUGUAGUGGUCCUUAUGAGAGCCAGUUUCAUCAUAGCACUUGAUGGCUUUUGCGACUGGACUUAAAGAAACUUUCAAAGUUCUUGACAUUUUCCGGAUUGACUGACCUUCAUGUCUUGAAGUAAUGAUGGACUGUCAUUUCUCUUUGCUUUUUUGAGCUGUUCUUGCCAUCAUAUGGACUUGGUCUUUUACCAAAUAGAACUAUCUUCUGUAUACCACCCCUACCUUGUCACAACACAACUGAUUGGCUCAAAUGCAUUAAGAAGGAAAGAAAUUCCACAAAUUAACUUUCAAGAAGGCACACCUGUUAAUUGAAAUGCAUUCCAGGUGACUACCUCAUGAAGCUGGUUGAGAGAAUGCCAAGAUUGUGCAAAACUGUCAUCAAGGCAAAUGGUGGCUACUUUGAAGAAUCUCAAAUCUAUUUUGAUUUGUUUAACACUUUUUUGGUUACUACAUGAUUCCAUAUGUGUUAUUUCAUAGUUUUGAUGUCUUCACUAUUAUUCUACAAUGCAGAAAAUAGUAAAAAAAAAAUAAAGAAAAACCCUUGAAUGAGUAUGGGUGUCCAAACUUUUGACUGGCACGGUAUAUUGAUAUGUAUAAUAAAUAUAUACAAAUGUAGUGUAGUGGGUUUAACGAUACAGUCUGCAACUUGAAUAUCCUCUGUGGCUACUCAAUGUACUGCAAACACACUUGGCCAGGAAGGAAAAUACAAAUCUACUGGUUACAUCUGCCAAACCCCACUCUCCUCAGUUUACAACCAAGUACAGUGGCAGCACUUCUAUGCACUACAAGACCACCAAUGGAGUAGGUUGAAGUUUCACCUAGCCACUGAUCUAGAGUCAGUUUUGUGCUUCCUGUAGUCACUGGAAUAAAGGACUUACUGUAUGGUUGGUGGCCCUCACCAACAAAGUGUUAUUGUUCACUUUGAGAAGGCCAUGAUAAGUCACUUUGCCACCACCAAAACAUAUGGUAACAGAUCAAUGGAACGCAGACCAUGAGGGAUACCACAUACAGUUGAAGUCGGAAGUUUACAUACUCUUAGGUUGGAGUCAUUAAAACUUGUUUUUCAACCACUCCACAAAUUUCUUGUUAACAAACUAUAGUUUUGGCAAGUCGGUUAGGACAUCUACUUUGUGAAUGACAAGUCAUUUUUACAACAAUUGUUUACAGACAGAUUAUUUCACUUAUAAUUCACUCUAUCACAAUUCCAGUGGGUCAGAAGUUUACAUACACUAAGUUGACUGUGCCUUUAAAAAGCUUGGAAAAUUCCAGAAAAUUAUGUCAUGGUUUUAGAAGCUUCUGAUAGGCUAAUUGACAUAAUUUGAAUCAAUUGGAGGUGUACCUGCGGAUGUAUUUCAAUGCCCAACUUCAAACUCAGUGCCUCUUUGCUUGACAUCAUGGGAAAAUCUAAAGAAAUCAGCCAAGGCCUCGGAAAAAAAAAUUGUAGACCUCCACAAGUCUGGUUCAUCCUUGGGAGCAAUUUCUAAACGCCUGAAGGUACCACGUUCAUCUGUACAAACAAUAGUACGCAAGUAUAAACACCAUGGGACCACGCUGCCGUCAUACCGCUCAGGAAGGAGACGCAUUCUGUCUCCUAGAGAUGAACGUAUCUUGGUGCAAAAAGUGCAUAUCAAUUCCAGAACAACAGCAAAGGACCUUGUGAAGAUGCUGGAGGAAACAGGUACAAAAGUAUCUAUAUCCACAGUGAAACGAGUCCUAUAUCAACAUAACCUGAAAGGCCGCUCAGCAAGGAAGAAGCCACUGCUCCAAAACUGCCAUAAAAAAGCCAGACUACGGAUUGCAACUGCACAUGGGGACAAAGAUCAUACUUUUUGGAGAAAUGUCCUCUGGUCUGAUGAAACAAAAAUAGAACUGUUUGAAAAUAAUGACCAUUGUUAUGUUUGGAGUAAAAAGGGGGAGGCUUGCAAGCCGAAGAACACCAUCCCAACCGUGAUGUAUGGGGGUGGCAGCAUCAUGUUGUGGGGGUGCUUUGCUGCAGGAGGGACUGGUGCACUUCAAAAAAUAGAUGGCAUCAUGAGAAAGGGAAAUUAUGUGGAUAUAUUGAAGCAACAUCUCAAGACAUCAAUCAGGAAGUUACAGCUUGGUCGCAAAUGGGUCUUCCAAAUGGACAAUGACCCCAAGCAUACUUCCAAAGUUGUGAUAAAAUGGCUUAAGGACAACAAAGUCAAGAUAUUGGAAUGGCCAUCACAAAGCCCUGACCUCAAUCCUAUAGAACAUUUGUGGGCAGAACUGAGAAAGCGUGUGCGAGCAAGGAGGCCUACAAACCUGACUCAGUUACACCAGCUCUGUCAGGAGGAAUGGGACAAAAUUCACCCAACUUAUUGUGGGAAGCUUGUGGAAGGCUACCCGAAACAUUUGACCCACGUUAACCAAUGUAAUGGCAAUGCUACCAAAUACUAAUUGAGUGUAUGUAAACUUCUGACCCACUGGGAAUGUGAUGAAAGAAAGAAAUGCUGAAAUAAAUCAUUCUCUCUACUAUUAUUCUGACAUUUCACAUUCUUAAAAUAAAGUGGUUAUCCUAACUGAACUAAGACAGGGAUAUUUUUACUUGGAUUAAAUGUCAGGAAUUGUGAAAAACUGAGUUUAAAUUAUAUUUGGCUAAGGUGUAUGUAAACUUCCGACUUCAACUGUAGAUGCUGUCAUUUGCAUUCAUUCAAACAUGUGUUGGGGUUGAACAUGUCUUGGGGUUGACAUCCGUACAAGCAUUAUUCUCCCAUGUUUUCCUCAAGAUAGUGGGAAAUACACAUUUAAACAGUAGCCUAAAUGUAGUCUUAUUUUAAUGGCCGGCAAUUGGGAGAUUCUGGAUCUAUCCCCAAGGGGGGACUCAUGCGUGGCAUUUCCAUGGUUUUAGUACAAUUCUUACCUGAUCUUACAGUUUGCUUCCAAUCUAUGCUUGUCAGGAGAGAAGCCCAUCAUGGGCAUCUCUAGUUACUGCAUAAGGGCUGGAUUCAACCCUUAUGGCGGAAGUUUUGCGGAUGAUCCGUGUUAAAAUGUAAAGAUAAUUUCCGAUUGAGCUGAUAUAUGCAGUGUUCACCUUCGAUGCAUUCUCCGCGACUGCGGGAACAUUGCCUUCAAUUUUCAAUCACACUAUAAAGCGGAUAUGCAGCCCUACGGAUUGAAUAGAGCCCUAAAUCGUAUCUAUCUAUGCCUAAAAGGCAAGAGAACAAACAGACUUCACAGCUCUAUGCUAUGCCGGGUUUCUGUUUGUUGCUAUUGUUAAAAGAGUUUAAUUUAUUUUUCCUCUGUGAAGUGGUAAACACAUGGUUUGCGUUUUAAUAGAUUUCACGCUUCUGUUUGAACUGUUUUUGACCUGAUUGGAUAUUCUGUUUUGUGUCUGGAAUGGCAGUGUAUGGUUUUAUGUAGUCGGGACUUUUAAACAACCAUGCCAAUGUGAGUUUCAAGGGAUGGGUUUUAAUGAAAAAUAAUAAUAGUGUGUUUUCUGUAAAUAUGUGGUAGCUGCAGGUUAUAAUUGUGUGUUUUUCUAGACCUGUUAAGAGUUUUGUAUUAAUAGGAUACAACACAUCACAUCAGUACCUGUGUUGAGUUGUGGUUAUGAUUAUGAGAAAAUGAGUGCUAAGGUAAUUUAACCAAUUAUUUCAACUCUGAUACAGAGAUAUUAAAUAUGUAUUUUAGAAAUGGCCAUGGAUACAUAGAUAUUGGAUACAUAGAUAUUAAAUGUGUAUGGUAGAAAUGGCCAUGGAUACAUAGAUAUUGGAUACAUAGAUAUUAAAUAUGUAUGGUAGAAAUGUAAUAAUGGUUCAUCCUUUCUGUUUGCUAAACAGUAUUCUCAGUGGUCAAAACUGUCUUAGAUGAUGUCAUUACAACCAUAUUGUUUUAAAGUGGUUGAAAUGACGUCAUUACAAUCAUAUUACAACCAUGUUGUUAUAAACCUAUUGAGAUGAUGUCAUUACAACCGUAUUACAACCAUGUUGUUAUAAACCUAUUGAGAUGAUGUCAUUACAAUCAUAUUACAACCAUGUUGUUAUAAACCUAUUGAGAUGAUGUCAUUACAACCAUAUUACAACCAUGUUGUUAUAAACCUAUUGAGAUGAUGUCAUUACAAUCAUAUUACAACCAUGUUGUUAUAAACCUAUUGAGAUGAUGUCAUUACAAUCAUAUUACAACCAUGUUGUUAUAAACCUAUUGAGAUGAUGUCAUUACAAUCAUAUUACAACCAUGUUGUUAUAAACCUAUUGAGAUGAUCAUCUUACUCCAAGGUGGCUUAGCAGUUCAGACGUCUUUUCCGUAUUGUCUUGUCGUGUCCUGUAUAUAUAUAUAUAUUUACACCUUUUCUUCACAUAUCUUUUAUUUAUUUUAUUAUCCAAGAACUCAACUACAAAAGCUUUCCUGCAAAAGCUUUCCUGCAACCCGCUUCACCAAUUACAUUAAGUAUUAUUUACCUCAAUCUGAAAAUCCAUCGUGGAAGAUAGCCAGGGGCUAAUUCAGAAGCUAGCCUGAUAGCUAACCAGAAGCUACUCCGAUAGCUAGCCAGAAGCUAAUCUGUAGCUGCCCCGAAAUUAGCCGGUUCGCUAGCUAGCGUUGGUGUUUCAGCUGCCCACGUUUUGCGGUCAUCAGCUAUUCCUUUAGCUCGAUAAUCUACCGGCACUUUUGUGCAACGCGACUCGGACCGGAGCAUUCCGGGACUUUUUUUCUCUCAGUUUCCCCGGAUUCCAACCGCAGGCUCUGGACACUUGCACCUUGAUUUCGCAGCUAGCUAGCUGCAUUCCGUGUGACUAUUGGCUUACAUCGACCACGGAGCAAACUCAAAUCAUGCUGGAGCUAGCCAGCUGAGGAGUUCCAUCACCAUCCGGACCCGUUUCUUUUGUUGCUGCUGCAGAUACGGAACCCCACCGGGCCUUCACGACUGACUGCCGACGUUAUCUGCCCGAGGGAUUUAUCCAACCGGCAAAUCCGUCCCGACGUUACCUGAACGCUCACCUGAGGCCCGCUAAUCGUUAGCUGUCCUAUCGGCUGCUAUCUGAACAAAACCCCACUACACGGAACCUACCGGCGGAAACGCACGAGGUAUCUACAAACAGACCUCCAUCCUAUGCUGCUACCGAUAGCCAUAUACCCGGCCAGCUGUCUGGAUCGCCACGACCCCAACCAACCUCUACUCACGGGACCCUUACUGAUCACUCGAUUAAGCAUGCCUCUCCUUAAUGUAAAUAUGCCUUGUCCAUUGCUGUUCUGGUUAGUGUUUAUUGGCUUAUUUCACUGUAGAGAUUCUAGCCCUGCUCUCUAUACCAUAUCCAACCUAUCAGUUCCACCACCCACAUAUGCGAUGACAUCACCUGGUUUCAAUGAUGUUUCUAGAGACAAGAUCUCUCUCAUCAUCACUCAAUACCUAGGUUUACCUCCACUGUAUUCACAUCCUACCAUACCUUUGUCUGUACAUUAUUCCUUUAAACUAUUUUAUCGCCCCCAGAAACUUCCUUUUACUCUCUGGUCUAGUAGCUCUAGGCGACCAAUUCUCAUAGCUUUUAGCCGUACCAUUAUCCUACUUCUCCUCUGUUCCUCUGGUGAUGUAGAGGUGAAUCCAGGCCCUGCAGUACCUGGCUCCACUCCUAUUCCCCAGGCGCUCUCUUUUGAUGACUUCUGUAACCGUAAUAGCCUUGGCUUCAUGCAUGUUAACAUUAGAAGCCUCCUCCCUAAGUUUGUUUUGUUCACUGCUUUAGCACACUCUACCAACCCGGAUGUUUUAGCCGUGUCUGAAUCCUGGCUUAGAAAGACCACCAAAAAUUCAGACAUUUUUAUCCCCAAUUACAAUAUUUUCAG